AUGUAUUUCGGUGGAAGCAACGGAAUCUACAGGUAUGAUUCUGUAUUGCAGACCCUUAAGCGUCUGGCGGUGAAGAAUCUCGACAUCUGGUGGUUAUUUUUCAAGAAGAAUAUAUAUUUCAUCAGAUUUCCCAGUCUGAAUGCAUACUACUACCACGAGAGGACUGUCAAACCGAUCAGUUACCUUAAGAAUGUCACCGUCAACCAAUUUGUUUUUGACAAUGAGGACAACUUAUUCUUUAUCAACGGCACCGGCCUUUACGGGAUCAAGAACGGUGAAAGCGAUAUCAUACUGAUGAGAGACAACCCUCGAUUCCUCGGGAUGGCCGCGAACAACAAAGGUCACGUGUACCUGUGCAGCGAGAACGAAAUAUUCGUCAUAAGUAAAAUGAUACAGAAGGUGAAGAAGAUCGUAAAUAUCCAAGGUGUGCUAGGAAUGACCUUCGACAAGGAUAACAACUUAAUCUAUUCCGACUCACGAGAAAUAAUUCGUCUGCUGCCGGUAUCCAAAAGCUUUCUCAAAUUA